AUCACGUGGUCACUGAGUUUCUGAGUCAUUUCCUGGAAAGGAAACACCCAGUGACUCAAAACUGAGAAAGUGAAAGUUAACUCAGGUGUUUGGGGCGAGGGAGCCAUGGCUGUUGCUGGGCGUCCCGUCCAGAAUCUUUGCGAUGAAGCCACUUGCUCCAUCUGCCUGGAAUAUUUUAAGGAUCCAGUGAUCAUCGCACAGUGUGGGCACAAUUUCUGCCGAUCCUGCUUGAUCCAGUGCUGGGGGGAAUCGGAGGCAGAGGCUUCCUGCCCUCAGUGCAGAGAAAGAGUCCAGAGAAGGGAUCUCAUCUCCAAUCGGCAACUGGCAAACUUCGUAGAAAUAGCCAAGAAUCUCAGCCUUCAAGAGGGAAAGGAGGAAGGAGGGGGAAAAGGGAGAUUCUGUGAGAAGCACCAGGAGCCCCUGAAGCUCUUCUGCAAAGUCCACGAAGCCCCCAUCUGCGUGGUGUGUGACAAAUCAAAGGAACAUGAAAAUCACAAGGUGAUUCCUCUGAAGGAGGCUUUCGAGGAAUACAAGGGACAGAUCUGUCACCACCUGGAGAUUCUGAGGAAAGAGAGAGAGGAAAUUCUGGCCUAUCAAGCAGACCUGGACAAGGAAAGCAAAGGCCUCCUGAAAUUAACAGAAAUGGAGAGGCUUAAGGCUGUGGAGAAGUUCAAAGAACUGCACCAGUUCCUGGAAGAACAAGAGAAACGUCUCCUGAAUCAUGUGGAAGAGGUGGAGAAGGAGAUUGCAGAGAAAAGGGAUGAGCAGCUGGCCAGACUCUCCAGGAAACUCUCCUUUCUUGAGAGGAUCAUCCAGGAGAUGGAGGAAAAGUGUCAGCAGCCAGCAAGUGAACUCUUGGAGGAUGUGAGAAGCACCUUGCAGAGGUAUGAGAAAAGAGAGAGUCCAGAGAAGCCACUUGCUUUCCCUCCAGAACUGAGGAACAGGAUCUUGGAAUCCUGUGAUCUAAAUCACCUUGUAGAAGAUGCAAUGAAACAAUUGAAGGAUGCUGUGUUACACAGAAAACAGAUUCAAAAAGAUGUUCAGUCAUUCAGAAAUCUUCAGAGAGCAAAUGUCACUCUGGAUCCAGACACAGCCCAUUCAAAACUCAUCCUGUCCGAGGAUCGGAAAAGCCUGAGAUUGGGAGACAAAGAGCAAGUUCUGCCCGACAAUCCUGAGAGAUUCAGCAGCUGCCUAUGUGUGUUGGGACGUGAGGGAUUCACAGCAGGCAGACAUUUCUGGGAAGUCAAUGUGGAAAGUGGGGAAGGGUGGGGUGUGGGGGUCGCCAGGAAGUCUGUGGAGAGAAAGGGCCUCUUCCCCUUAAGCCCUGAGGAGGGUGUGUGGGCUUUGGAGAAGUGGGGAGAUGGGUACUUGGCCUCCACCUCCCCUGAUGACUCUCUUCUGUCCCUGAGGGAAAAGCCCAGGAGGAUCCGGGUGACUCUGGACUAUGAAGGGGGACGUGUGUCUUUUUCUGACGCUGACUCAGGAGCCGAACUCUACACGUUCUCAGGAGCCUCGUUCUCUGGAGAGAUCCUCCUCCCUUUCUUUGAGGACUAAAAAAUGAACCCCUUCACCCACGUCAGACAGGAUAGCUCCUUGCUCUGGAAACCUUAGAUAGGAAGAAAAUGUAAAAGAAAGUGCUUGUGCACUUAUGUAUGCCUUGACAGACUUGGUAUGUGUUAAAUCGUCAACAGUGCCAUUCAGGUACCCAUUAUUUCUUAAGAUGUGGCUAUGCAACUCUGGAAAUUUCAUUUGCAGUCUUACCCAUUCCACCACGCCCCUGAAUUUGCCAAAGAACUCUUUGCCUUACAACUUGUCUGCAAAAGUUACUAGUUCUCAUCCGAGGAAGAAAGAAGAAGCUGUCCAAGCAGACUUGUGUUAGCCACGCAGUACCAAUGGCCUAGAUUGUGGGGUUUGGGCGGGAUAUCUCUUCUAAUUUUACAAAAGCUUCCCAGUCCAUUUACCCCAGGCAAGUAGUUCUUUCCUUAGCCUUCCUUAGUUUUGUUGUUUAGUUGUUUAGUCGUGUCCGACUCUUCGUGACCCCACGGACCAUAGCACGCCAGGCACUCCUGUCUUG